AUGUCCAAGGUGUUCAUUGCUACAGCAAAUGCAGGUAAAGCACAUGAGGCUGAUAUUUUCUCGGUUUCAGUAUGCAAUUCAUUUACGGUAAGUUGUUCAGGUGACGGGUACCUAAGAUUAUGGGAUAAUAAGCUACUAGAUAAUGAAAACCCGAAGGAUAAGUCCUACUCUCAUUUUGUUCAUAAGACUGGAUUGCAUCAUGUGGACGUCUUGCAAACUAUCGAGAAAGACGCUUUUGAAUUAUGUCUUGUCGCCACCACUUCAUUUUCUGGCGAUUUGUUCUUCUACCGUAUCACUAGAGAAGGUGAGACCAAGAAUGUUCUAUUCGAAAAGUUAGAUCUAUUAAACACAGAUAUGAAAAAGCAUUCUUAUUGGGCUCUUAAGUGGUGUGCCUCAAAUGAUAGGCUACUUUCCCAUAGGCUAACCGCUACUGACGUCAAAGGCAUGACUUACAUCUGGAAGUUUCACCCAUUUGCGGAUGAGUCAGAUUCUUCAGCGCCUGAUUGGAGGCCUGCAUUGGAGCUUCAAGGCACAGUUGAAGCGCCAAUGACUCCAAAACAAUUUGCCACUUCCGUCGAUAUCUCAGAACGAGGGUUAAUUGCCACCGGUUUUAACAAUGGAACAGUACAAAUUUCAGAACUAUCCACUCUACGUCCUUUAUACAAUUUUGAGUCUCAAUAUUCUAUGAUCAAUAACUCAAAUUCUAUAAGAUCAGUAAGGUUCUCUCCUCAAGGGUCCCUAUUAGCCGUUGCACACGAUUCGAAUUCUUUUGGCUGUAUUACUCUGUAUGAAACUGAAUUUGGUGAAAGAAUAGGCGCUUUAUCCGUUCCAACACAUAGCUCACAAGCAAGUCUUGGUGAAUAUGCGCAUUCCAGCUGGGUGACAAGUCUAUCUUUUAAUGAUUCGGGUGAAACAUUAUGCAGCGCCGGAUGGGAUGGUAAAUUAAGGUUUUGGGAUGUAAAAACCAAAGAAAGAAUCACAACCUUGAAUAUGCAUUGUGAUGAUAUUGAGAUCGAAGAGGACAUUUUAUCUGUUGAUGAAAAUGGAGAUUCCUUAGCUGAUCCUGGUGUCUUUGACGUGAAAUUUCUAAAGAAAGGUUGGAGAUCUGGCAUGGGAGCUGAUUUAAAUGAAAGCUUAUGCUGUACAUGUUUAGAUAGAAGUAUCAGGUGGUUCAGAGAAGCUGGGGGUAAAUAG